UUCAUCCUCCAGCAAGAUGGAAGUCCUUAUUUCUGCUCUUCAAACAAAUGUUCUUUCUCUCAUUUUAGGCGUGAUAAUAGUGGGGUUGCUUUGGAUGAAUCGAGGUAAGCAGAGUAGUUUUCAAAGACUGCCACCCGGCCCACCUCCUGCUCCACUUGUUGGCAACCUAUUCCAAGUAGACACGAAGGAACCGUACAAAUAUUACCUUGGGCUAAGCCAGAAAUAUGGGUCAGUGUGCACGAUAUGGCUCGCCAGUAAACCAUGUGUCAUCGUGUCUGGAUACCAGACCAUCAGAGAUGCCUUCAUCACCCAGGGAGAGGCGUUCAGUGGGAGGGCUCUGUACCCGCUACUGGUCAGGUCCACUGGAGGAUAUGGUGUGAUGGUGAGCAGUGGGCAGCGAUGGAAGGAUCUGCGUCAGUUCUCCCUCACGACGCUGAAGAACUUUGGGAUGGGCAAGAGGAGCAUCGAGGAGCGCGUGCAGGAGGAAGCUAGGAGCCUGGUGAGGGCAUUCCAGGAAUAUGAUGGUGCACCGUUCAACCCCAAAGAUCUGCUGUGUAAUUCUGUGGCCAAUGUCAUCUCCUCGAUUGUGUUUGGACACCGGUUUGAGUACAACGAUCCAGACUUCUUGCUGCUCUACAACACGAUCAAUGCAUACUUCAACAUGCUCAACAGUUCAUUUGGCAUGCUUUACAACAUCUCGCCAAGACUGAUGGGGCUCUUCCCUGGAAGUCACAAGGAGCUGUUCUCCCAGCUGGAUAAAUCCCAUGCUUAUGUCAAGAAACAGGCAGAGAUCCGACUCAGGAAUCUGGACGCCAACUCCAUCCCUCAGGAUUACAUAGAGGCCUUCAUGAUCAAGAUGAUACAGGAGAGAGACUCACCCAAGACCGAGUUCACCUAUGACAACCUGUUGGGCUCCGUGUGGAACCUCUUCUCAGCGGGCACAGAGACCACCUCCUCCACCCUCAGACAGAUACUGUUGCUGAUGGCCAAACACCCUGACGUUCAAGAAUGUGUCCAGAGGGAGAUAGACGAGGUGAUUGGGCAGGACAGGAGUCCGUGCCUGGAGGACCGCUCUAAGAUGCCCUAUACUGACGCCGUGAUCCACGAGACUCAGCGCACCGCGGACCUGGCGCCCACCUCCGUGCCUCACAAGGUCAUGACCGACACAGAAUUCAAAGGCUUCCACAUCCCCAAGGGUACUAUGGUCUUGCCUCUCCUUUCAUCAGUUCUCAUCGACCCAAAACUGUGGAAGAACCCCGACAGCUUUGACCCCCAGAACUUCUUAGAUGAGGAGGGGAAAUUUAAGAGGAAUGUUGGCUUUCUUGCUUUUGGAUUAGGUAAGCGUGUCUGCCUGGGGGAGGGUCUGGCCCGUGCGGAGCUCUUCCUCUUCUUCACCUCACUGCUCCAGCGCUUCACCUUUGUGGGCACUGUGCCUCCAGACGAGAUAGACACCACCCCCAGCUGCUGCAGCUUCGGCCGACAGCCCUGCACCUACGACUGUUACGCCAAACCCAGGCAGUAGUAGAUGGCAACAUCAAGGAUUGAAGGAGUGUUUAUUAGUCACAUACAUAGAGAUGAAUUAGUCUGUAUAACAUGCCUUGUGAAGCAAGCCGUCUGUGAUAACUGUACUGUAGAU